AGAAUUAUAAAAAAUUGUCACAAGCAAAAGCUAAAUAAAUAUGCUUUAAAAGUACUUAAAGAAGCUUCGUGUUACUUGAAAUUAUAAAUAACAUAAAUACAUAACAAAGCAAUUAUCGUAAAAAAAAGACCAAAGGAAACUUAAGACGAUAAUAAAAAAAAAUGGCCACCACUGAUAUACCAAACUCCAACGAACGACAUUAUUAUGCCAAAUUGGAAGCUAUAAAAGAUAUACGUGAUAAGACUAUAGCUUUGGAAAAAUUGAAAGUUCGUAUCAUAAAGGAGGUGAAGCUAAGCGAUGAUGAGGAGAAAUGCUUGGAUGAAUAUCGUAAAGAAUUGGAACAUUUAUUAGAAGAGAAGAUGUCGCAUGUGGAAGAACUACGGCAAAUACAUGCCGAUAUAAAUGAUAUGGAGAAUAUAAUCAAGCAAACAAAAGAGAAUCAAACACGCUCCGUAGAUAUGGCCAAUCGCCAUUAUGAAGAAUAUUUGGCUUUAAAAUAUCAAAUCGAUCAUAUGAGACGUGAUUAUUUGGGCUUAAGCCCUCUAAGGGAUUUACAUGAAGAGGAGGGAAGCCCUAUCUCUAAAGACCGCUUUCAAAGCAAUUUUCUAAAAGUCGCUGCACAAUCUGCCGCUGCGGCGGCAGCAGCAGCAGCAGCGCAAACGUCCGCCUUAGCUCGACCACAUCCCAGACAUCCUUUAAUGCCUGAAGCCACAGUUACAGCCUUACCACCAUCGGCUCCCGGUAGCGGUGGCUCGGCACCUACAGGACCAACAGGCGGUCAUGCAUUCAUGCCUCCUGCUCCUCCAGGUUCGGGGGCGACACCAGGCGCUGGCGUACGCUUGGGAAAAGGUGAUUUUUCAGCUCCCCCACCACCGCCACCGCCAACAAAUCGUCUUCAGCAAACCCCUUCCAUUAGCUUAGGUCAUCACCCUACAUUUCGUUCGGAUUUUAAUGUUAAUCUCAGACAGCAGCCACCGCCUAUGAAAUCAUGCUUAUCGUGUCAUCAACAAAUUCACCGAAACGCUCCAAUUUGUCCACUUUGCAAGGCUAAAUCACGUUCCCGCAAUCCCAAGAAACCAAAAAAAAAGAACAACUAAUGGUUACUGUAAAAAAGCAAAAUUGCCACUUUCACCCCUACUUCAGGGACUAAUUGAGCAUAGAGUAUUAUGAUCACACAAAGCACUCAAACGUAAAAACACAACUUGCCAUUAUGUAGAUUAUAAUUUGAAUUUUUAUUAAUAUUUCAUAUUC